GUUUUAAUAUAGUGGCGGAACGCGCGCGAUCCAGACUCAGUUACGCGGCGGCCGGCCACCCGUGCGAGUGUACUCUCUCUCAGAGUAGCCGAGGAUCCAGCUCUCUCUCAGAGGAUCUUUCACCUGUCGUCUCUCGCGCUCUUUCAUUCUCUCUUUCUCUCUCUCUCUUUUUCUCUUCGACGUCCGACGUCUCGGUUUCGUUUCGCCCAGAAUCGACGCCCAGUCGUUUCGUUUCGCGCAUACAGAAUCGUAUUCGCGGGCUCGAGCGUCUUCGAGGGUGGCCUCUCCGCGUGGUAUCUCCGCGUGUUGAUCGUCGCGUUCGGUGCUCCGGAGUGACGGAUCCCCCCCCCAUCGAUCCGCGAGCGGCGGCGCCGUGUGGUAACCCGCGAUCCAGCAACUGGACCGAGCAGACGGGGGUGGAGGGUGCACCUGAGGACCAGCUCUCUUACAACGGGAAGAACGACGAUGUCGUCCGGCACGGCUACGCGACGGCAACCAUAAAGCGGUGAAAACGCGCCGGACCGAUCAGGAUUCUGCAUGCGAGUGCCCAGAGCGGAAGUAUUCGGGCUCCUCGGUGGGGCGCUGACCUCCGACAACAUCAUCAGGAAGGACUCGCCUUGCCCUACGACGACGCACGCAGGGCAACUGCAUUCGCCGAACGGCGACAGCGACAACAGCAACGGUAGCCAGCGUGCGGUGGCUGUUAUUCGUAGCGAGGUAGAGCAGCAGCAGCAGCAGCAGCAACAACAACUACAUCGCCAACGACAGCAGCAACGUCAAGCGACUGCUACCGUUCCGGUUCUCGCCUGCACUAAUCAAUCGUCCAUCACCACGACUACGACCGCCCUCACAGUGGCAUCAAGCAUGCUACUUUUGCAGACACAGAGUCCCUUCGGCACUUUCGGGGAGUUCCUGAAUAGCCCCUAUCCGGACGCUACGGAUGCCGGAAGUUUACCCGAGGAGUUGGAUCCCUUUCCGGAAUUGCAACUCGGGAAUCAUCCGCAGGGCGUGCCUCAGGUCGACGACUCUGCUCAGUCUCAGCAAAGUGUUCACCAUCAGCAGCCAUCGCAACCACCACCACCACCACCACCCCUCCCCGAAGACAUCCAAGCUGAUUCUCUCAGUCCUACGCCAUUACCGAGCUUCCAGGAGACCUAUACGGCGCAGCGAUACACCAGACAGGAGCUCCAGGGCCUCGGUAUUAAGAUGGACGAUGAAUGCUAUGACUCCCCGGUGUAUUCCUGCACCCCUACUCACUACUCGACCGAGUUCACGACCGCGGUGCCCUAUCACGAGCAGCAUCCUCACCAUCACCCGCAGCAUCAUCAGCCGCACCAAGCUCCGCAUCAUCAUCAAGGUUACUUCCCCACGGAAUCGGCGCCCACCCCGACAACGGCGGUUGUACCGCCCUCUAAUCAUCGGCAGGACCCAUCCUACGGGGUGGCUGUUACCAUGCCCAUGGUUUACGGGCCACCAUCAGCCAUCGCCACUCCCGUAGUUCCUACCGAUCUCUGUCCCAACGUCGAUACCAGCGUCGUCAUUGGCACCACUCGGCCACGAAGGGCGUCGCUGCCCACUCAAAGAUCAGAAUCGGCAAGUAGUGGGAGCACGGAUUCCCCGAAGCCGCGCUGCGGCGGCGGUACCGCGAGUUCCGUCAGUUCGCCGUCGCCCGGAAGCGGUACCAGUGGCGAACGCGCACCCCCAAGCCCGAGCCAGCUCUGCGCCGUGUGCGGCGACACCGCGGCCUGCCAGCACUACGGUGUGCGCACAUGCGAGGGCUGCAAGGGCUUCUUCAAGAGGACCGUGCAGAAGGGCUCGAAAUACGUGUGCUUGGCCGAGAAGGCUUGCCCGGUAGACAAACGCCGGCGAAACCGUUGCCAGUUCUGCCGGUUCCAGAAGUGCCUGAUGGUUGGCAUGGUCAAGGAGGUUGUCAGAACAGAUUCCUUGAAGGGCCGCCGAGGCAGGCUGCCUUCAAAGCCCAAGUCACCGCAAGAAUCCCCACCGAGUCCGCCGGUCUCUUUGAUCACCGCCCUGGUUCGCGCCCACCUGGACACAACACCGGACAAGGCAAGCCUCGAUUACUCGCAGUACCGACAACCCAGGCCGGGCGACCCUCCGAUGACCGAGGCCGAGAAGAUCCAACAAUUCUACAAUCUAUUGAUAACCUCGAUCGAUGUUAUCCGAAACUUUGCCGACAAAAUCCCCGGAUUCACGGAUCUGGUGCGGGAAGAUCAGGAACUGCUCUUCCAAUCGGCCAGCCUAGAGCUGUUCGUGCUGAGGCUGGCGUACCGCACGAACCCGGACGACACGAAGCUGGUCUUCUGCAACGGUGUGGUCCUCGCGCUGGAGCAAUGUCAGCGCAGCUUCGGCGACUGGCUGCACAGCAUUCUCGACUUCUGCAAAGCUCUCCACUUCCUGGAGGUCGAUAUCAGCGCCUUCGCCUGCCUGUGCGCCCUCACCCUGGUCACUGAGAGGUUCGGAUUGAAGGAGCCGCAGCGCAUGGAACAGCUGCAGAUGAAGAUCGUCUCGUCCUUGCGCGACCACGUGACCUACAACGCCGAGGCGCAGAGGAAGUCGCAGUACCUGUCGUACCUACUGGGGAAGAUACCGGAGCUGAGGAGUCUCUCGGUCCAGGGCCUCCAGCGGAUCUUCUACCUCAAGCUGGAGGACCUGGUGCCGGCGCCACCCCUGAUCGAGACCAUGUUCGUCGGCAGCCUGCCCUUCUAAACCGAGCGGUCUCGCCAGCACAUAGAACAAUUACUCUCUCAGACCCAUGCGGUUGCGUUAUCUUCGUUCUAAUUGCAUCCUUCUUAGUUCGUAUUACACGUAGCUUUACUCUCUUCUUACGUGUAACCUCGCGCGAUCCCGCGGGUACGUUCGGUCCCUCGGCGUCCCGACGACGUCCCUCUCGCGUUUACAGCAGAGGGACGUUCCGGAAGGGCUCCGUCGAGCGGGGAGAGCGAGGAGUGCCGUUACUGGUCGUACGAGCGAGCGCGGACGGGAACUGUCCGCGCGAGAACGCGAACGCUAAACUUAAGGGAAAGUUUGUUGUACGUAUGUAUGUACGAGCGAAUGAAUGUGCAUAUACGUGAAUGCGAGCGGGUGCGUGCGUCGUGUGCGAACGUAAGUGUACAGAAUGUCUUGACGUAGGUCUCUGCAUGCGCGACGUGUCGGGUGGCGGGUGUCGCACAUCGCCGCUUGUACUAUUAGUGGGUAAAUGCACUAUGGUCGCCGUUGUUGGUGCGCUGCUGCCGCUGCUGCUGCUGCUGCUGUUGCUGCUGCCGCUGCUGGAGAGCGGAUGACAGACACGGGGCGGAAAAGAGUAAAGCGGGCGCGAGGCGGGCCGCGGCGAUUUCGCUAUUCUCCCUUCUAGCUGUAGUAGAUUCCGCGCGGAUCUGGGUGUGGACAGGAGAGGACCCCUCCUUCUCUCUUUUUCUCGCAAGAAGGCACUCCGCGCGAAUUUUUCUCACUUUUCUACCUAGUUUGUACGAGGCUCUCCGUGCUCGCGCUCGGCUCGCUUCGUCGCUCCCAGGACCCACGGCGCGCGGACUCGCCACCUGCUCGGACACGUGUAAUAACUUAUCGGCAAUAUCCUUGCCCUUCGUCGCGGGGGAAACGCGUCGGCGAUUCGCAACAUAUCAGAGCAAUGGCGGGCAGGGCGGACGACGCCCGUUCCCGUCUUGACGGUAGACGUAGGAUAUGACUCUCGGUCGCGCUCUCGAUGACCGAACGAUGCCGGGUGCAGACGCAUCGAUUGCUUGCUCGAACGCACGACAAGAAUCGAUGUGGCUUUAUGUUACGUCAAGUUAAGUAUGUGUCCUUUAUUUGUUCUUUGUCAUUUUACAUAUCGUGGACAUAUCUGUGUCUCGAUGACGUGCGCUUUGCGUUCUCGAGGUAAAUAUGCAAUGGACUGAAUGCAAUGCGAAGAAUAACGAACGAGGGGCUCGCUGGUGGAAAUUGAGGUACAAGCGAAAGCUGUAAGUUGACGUGCAUUUAUAAACGCUGUAACGGGUUUACGCGUCCCUCGGGUAUCUGUGUUAAUGGAAAGUGAGUUUAGGAGUGGAGCUAUUAUUUUAUGAGUUUAUGAUAAAUUGUAGGAAAGAUGAAAAUUAUUUGACCAGAUACAUUUUUAUACUUUCUACGUUUUAGAUACGUGUCAGCUUUUAAUUAACAGUAUUAUUGAAAAUUUAAAUAUUCCAGAUAUCAGAGUUAUCUCAAAUCGCAAGUGUUCGCCAGACAUUUUCGCGAGAGUAACUUCAAAUAGCCUCGCGUCAAAAGCGAUCAAUCGGAGAUCGCCAAGUGGAAAGAGUUGGCGCAUUUCUUUAUUCCAAUUUGUAUAUUCCGACGUCGAGAACGGACCAGCGCAUGCAAAGGGAUUUCAGUUCGCAGCCUCGCAACGCAGUCUUGACAUUUUCACCAUGGGACCACCGCAGAUCCCAUGCGUCCCGCGGUUCGUGGUAGAGAGUUCAUUUUCCUCCUCUCACGUAACGCAACUCGCACACGAGCUCGGCAUCGUCGAUCGCCGUUGUCGAGCGCCGUCCGAGGCGCAUGGUCGAUAAUCGGUCGGCCCUUUACCACUACUCUUGCGUUUAUGUGAUUUUAGAGAGCUAAGGCGAACGCGGGUCCGUCUCGUUUUUUUGGGGGGGGGGGGGUGAAGACGAGACCGGUCGAGCCGUCGAUCAGCGAGGGCGGCGAGACGGGCCCGGCUUAAAGUUACCUAUUACGUUUUAUGACAUUUACUUUUUUAAUCAAACUAACGUAGAGUGUCCUAUUUAUAUACGUAUAACGCGCCGCUACUACUACUUAACUACUACAACUACUACUUUACUAUACCGUUAUACUUACUACUACUCAUUGAUAGGCGUUACUACUAUAUGACGUUACUACCACUACUACCACUGUUACCAGCGCUACCUUUACUACCACCUUGUGUUACCAUUGCCUCGCUACGGUAAGCUUCGCCGUCGUUGCCGUCGUCGUCAUUAAAGAAAAAAAAAAUGCCCCUCGUCGCACCAGUGUCCUACGUGCGACGCGAUAGACGGCGGAGGUUGCUGAACGGGGCUCUUAAACCGGGCGUCCUCGCCGCCAGGAUUACCGCAGUCGACAUGCAUCUCUGUUUUCGAUGUGUAUCUUGAUAUUUUAUCCACGUUCAAGUACCGUAAGAUAAAGUAAGAUUGCAUAUCGGGAAUAACUUCGCACUGGAGCGAAAAGGGAUUUCACGAUUAUUUUUCACACCUGAUGUUGAAUAUAUUUAAAUAUAAAAAUUUCCAAGUACUCCUCUCUCUCGUUCUCUCUUUAUUCGAUUUCGCCUCUUAGCUUAAAUUAGAAGUAUCGCUGUAUAUAUCUAUUAGAAUUCUUACUAUUUUUAUUCUUUUAUUAUUAUCAAUGCUGUCAAUUUCUUCUUUUUUUCUGGCAUCAGUUUUGCAGCGCUUAAGGUUUCCUUUGUAAUUAUAGCUUCAUUUUAUUUACACCGGGAGAGAGAUAACGUCCACGAGAGUAAUAGCAGGCUUCAGCCUCCAUGGUUGCCUUACACAAGUUAAUUAUCUUCUUAUGCUUAGAUAAUCCUGAGAUCUAUUUUUGUUCGGGCGCAGUUACCUUUGCCUGUGUAAUCUUACGACAACCACCGUCGCUAUCGCAACGCGAUCCAAGCUUCGUAACACGACAGAUCAGGCAUUGUCCUUACACCGCGGUCCACACAGACACACGUACACACACGUACACGUACACACAUAGACACACGCGAAUGAAGAGCACGUUAAUUACCUGUACGUGCACAAUAGAUAUGAUAAUUACAUGUGUAUAUGUUAAUCUAAAGUCGUGUGUAUCCGCAAAUGUUCGACGCUUCGCAGACGUGGCGGAAUUAAUACCCGGAUCGAAUUCGUCUUUUAUCAGCUCUCUACGAUUGUAUUAAUGUCUUCUGUUUGGCGAUGUCGAUUCGCGUGACGUUCUCAAUUAGCGAUACACUAUACAGUGCACGGAAGAAAACUAAUAACAAGAGGUAAAAUCAAAUGCUCGCGUUCGAUUUCUGUCGCUGGAAACGGAUCCGCCUCAUUUUCAUUCGACUGUUCCGAUUCCGUAGGCUCCUGCGAUACCUCGGAAAUUUUUUCUCAAUUCUUCUUGCUAACAAAUUUAAUGCUUUGCGGUCUGAAAAGUAUAGGCGUCGCCGUGCGCGCCGAGAUAAAGUCCAGAUUGGUCCAGAAAUUAAUCGGGAUGAAAAUGAUUUUUUACAUGUAAAUUGUGUACACCUUGAGAAAUCAGCGAUCAGCGAUAAUAGCGUGAUAGUAUUAGCUAUGACCGAUAAUUGCCAUUUAAUUGCCGAGCGCAAAUCCACAAAAUAAUUUUGGCCGUAAAGGAUUAAUCAGUAAUUGUGGUACUUGUUAAUAAAUAUUAUAAAGGAACGGUGUCCAGUAAAAAUAUCCAAGGUUUGCCACGAAAACUGUGACGGAAAACCGAGGGUCCGGCUUUUAAGUAAAAAUGUUCAAUGUUUGCCGGUUCGCAGUAAUACAUUCGCGGUAAUGUAUCGGUGGACAAUAUUCGGUGUAUCUUAUAAUACAACAAUAAUAUAUUUAUCACACAUGGCGAACGCGAUGGACACCGUUGCUACACUGGCCGUUAUAGGCGCAAUAAUUCUUACAUCGCAUGUAUACGUGUCACGCGUUUGUUGAUCAUUAGCUAUGGCGUUUUAAAUAAUCGAUCUUAAUACUCUAAUUACUCCUUUUGACAAAGGAACGAGUCAAUUCCGUUUCCAGCGGACGUAAAAUCCGGCAUCGACACGAAAAAUACGAAACACGCGUUGAACGACAUAUCAAGUUCUUCCCCUCCCCUGAAAAAAUUGUCCAAUGUUUGUAAAAACGUUUCUCCGUGUACGAAAUGAUUCCUUAAUACGGUUCGUUAUACGUCCACGUUUGCGGAUGGAUACGCGCGCAAGUGUUCAAAAGACAAAAUGCCCGGUAAGAAUGCAAGGUAAACAGGAUCCGAGGGUAUAAAGGCUUGAGCGACCCUUGCGAUCGACAUUAAGAUAACGCAUGCGAGAGCGUCGAUUCUGCUCCUGUUCGAAGGACACAAAUUUCGGAAGAGCUCGUUCCCGCUGGAGGAAACUAAUUCGCGUCACGAAAUCGAUAGCAAUAAGAUAAGCACGUUUUUACCAGACUGAUGCCAAUGAUCUGUCAGGAUAUUUUGUAAGGAGAGAAAUAAGGUGUCUGUGAACUAUCGAUUGGAGGACUUUAGAGAUACAAAAUCUUGCCUUUCUAGAAUUUCUAAAAGCGAACACUUUGUGAGAAAGUGAAGAAGCCUCUUUAGAGAGGGCGAGUGCGUAACAAAUAUUUCUAGGCAUAUAGAAACAAUGUUAAUCGUUGAAAUAUUUACGAGGUAAUGUCACGAUAAAUAUAAAUGUUUUCUUCCGUCCGUUGCGAGGAUAAGUAUUUAAUAAUGAGCUAGUCGCGGGCGAAUUGAGAGGGGAAAAAUCUCAGAAGAUAAAAAUAACUAGAGGGAAGAAGGAAAGAUAAUUUUGUAUUAACGAUAAUUAAGAGCAGGUAACACAUUGGCAUCGAUCUGCGGCAAUACAAUUGAAACGGGAAUCAUUUUUUACAUUUGUAAGAAAUGCUUUGGCGCAAUUGGGAACCUCGAGGACGAGCGCUCUUCGCCUGAUAUUCGCCUUAUCUUCUCCUCAUAUCAGCCCCUCAUCUUUAGAUGGAACAUGUAGAAAUCUUCGAGCAUAGAAAUCGACCUUCUCGCCCGUGCAAAAUAAAGUGUUGAGUCCAGAGGAGAUUUCGGGAGAGGGGUUAUCGGUCGUAGAGAAAUCGGUCUCUCGAGAUCGGGAUUGUGCAAAGGGCUCGACUAGAACGAAGGAAACCCCGAGUUUUACGAGUUACGGCCUCCGUUAUACACGGAAGAAUGGGGUUUCGGGGGCGACGUACUUUUGUUCCUAUAUAUAUCUUUUUCUUAACGAGAGCCCGCGCGAGGCUGAUGUCUUCCGCUCCUGAUCGCGGAAAAUCGUCCCUGGACCCAGCGCUGCGGCCAAUUAUUUUUUACGAGAAAUUGUCACAAAGAGAGGAGACGAGAAAGGGGCAAAAACGCCGAGAAAGAGUACGAGCAGGGAUGGGAAGGCAAAAUCGGAUCGUUUCGGGCAGUAAGAUCGUCCUCGCGACGAAACGAACGAGAUCGUCCCGACAUUGUUGUUUAAAUCGAUUAUCUGUCAUUACUGUAACGAAAUAACAGUCAAUUCCGUUAGGUGUAAAUCUAUCCCUUUUUCCCCGUUUCAUCGAUGUAUGCAAUAAAUGUUCGAUCAACAGAUUAUUUAAUAUAUCUCUUCGAAAUUUUUGUUAAUAAAUUAUUUUCUCGAUUGACAUCUGUAACUGAGUUUAUUCGAAGAUAUUAUCUAUAUCGCCGAUUCGCUAAGCGGCGGACGUUUGCGUACGCAGGGUGUUCCGCCGUGAGAACUUGUGCGGAAGUUGUCGGUUCUCCGAGAGUUCAAAAUGAUGGCAAGGUAAUCAUCACGACGUUACGAAACACUCCAAUGUGUGUGUGUGCAUUAUGUAAAUUUCUAAUUUCUCCUACACUUCCCGACUGAAUUCGAUAUUAGUCUCUCUCUUUCUCUCUCUCUCUCUCUCUCUCUGACGCUCUUUCUUCGUGUAAGCUGCCAAGCUUCCUUCGUGCAAGUUAUUAAACUUUCUCUGUCAUUUGAAGCAGCAUUCAUUUUCCUCGUGUAAUUUUCGCGAUUGUCGUCGCGGAAUUUUUUCGUCGCCGAAAUAAAAAUGACGUUAACGUUGAUCAUCGACCGAUCGAAACGUGAGCAUAACUAGUUUGCUUGUAAUUUUGUGGCAGUAAGUAGCUUACAAUUUGCAAAAUUUGUCUAUAGAACUCGGCGAAGCUCUCGAUAAGCAAGAUCCACUUGAACGCGAUAUUAAUUACAUCCUCUUUAAUUGUGAAAGUAAUUUUCACCGCCUCGCUCUGUCGUACGAACGUCCGCACGCUCAGCUAGAAAAGAAUCGCGUUUAUAAAUGUACGACGAUGUACUAUACGCGCUUAACAUAUACAUAUGACCGGAAGAUGAGCGUUGUACCGAAAAUAAAUCUAGUAAAUUAACACGGACAUGUGUCCACACACGAACAGAGAGACAAUGCGAACAGCAGCCAACAAGGGUCCGCGUAAGUGUCGCAGGUUGAUUCAAACUAAAAGCACCAGAUCUUUCGAUCUAUUUCUUCUCCUCCUUUUCUUUCUUAUACGCUGAGUAUUACGUGAUGCACACGAUCGAAUAUAAUAAUCGCGAGAGGAGAAACGGGGGGGGGGAGGGGGAGGUUAAAGGAAACGACGUAUCGACGGCCGUGCGUCUUGACAAGUGGAAAUUAAUUGCAUCGCGAGAAUGCGAUUUCGCUGUCGAUGAGCCUGAGAGAUAAAAGAGAGAGAGAGAAAAAGAGAGAAAGUGCGAAGCAGAUGUAACUGCAACGGCUGACAAUAAAGAAAUCGCGGGGAGGCGAACACUCUCGGGGGCUGAUCGCCGAUCUUUUCAUCCGCACGACCGUCGAUCGUAAGGGCGAUGCGUAGCGUAAUAUCACUGAAUAUGUCACCGUGUAAUAUCGUACGCAAAUAUUGACACGCACACAUACACAGGCGCGCGCGCACAUUCAUGGAACCUUUUCUCCGGCCUGAUUCGUUGUUAAUUCUGUGCCGAGCCACAACACAGUUCCCUCUCUCGCUUGGAAUAAUAUACAUACAUAUAAAUAUAUAAAUAUAAAUAUAUAAAUAG